AUGAAGAUUUUUAAUAUCUGCUUUUAUUUAAUAAUUAUAAAAUUAUAUAUGUGUAAAAAAAAUGAAAAUUUGAUAAAUAAUGCUGAUGGUACUACACAUAUAAAUCCACAAAAACAUAAUUUAAGAAAUAGGCAUGCAGAUAACAAUCCUUCUUUAAUUCAGGUUCCUAAUGGAUCAAUAGGAAAUGGAAAUUUAGAAACUUCAUAUAAUCCUAACAAGCUCGAGAAAAGUCAGGGAUCUUCGAAUCUUGAUGAAAAUUCCAAAUUUCAAAAUUUUGUUGAAUCUACACAUGGGAAAGUUGGAUCACUUAAAACUGAAAAUCCCUCUGAAAAUCCAAGAACAAAAGUAGAUGGGGACUCAACUAACCUAUCAGAUAAAACUAUAAGUGAUUUAUCAACUAACAAUAGUGAAUCAAAAGAACAAGAAUUAUGGAGAAUUCCAGAUGGAGAAAGUGAAGAUUCAGAGGCACAUGUUAAUGAUCUUAGUGUUAUAGGUGAAUCUGAUGAUACACAAUUGGGAACAGAUCAUGGUGAAACAGAAAUAAGUGAUCCUUUAGAAAAACUCUCACCAAAAUUAUCAUCUCCAGAUGCAUCAAAUUUAGUACAAAUUAUUAAUAAAAAUGACGAUAUUGCAAGUCAAAAAUCGGAAGUUGAAAAUAAAGAAAGUUCAGAAGGAUUAAAAUUAUCAUUUACAUGGGAUCCAUUUUCAUAUAUUAGUGAUGGAAUUCGUACGGCAGGAAAAGCGGUUUCUUCAGGGAUAGAAUCCACAACAAAUUUAUUAAAGAAAAUAGAAGAAUAUAUUCCAGAGGUUCAAAAACCAUCAGAAGGGAGCACAGAAGUUAAUGAAGAAGCAAUAGAUCAAAGAACACCAGAACAGACACAAAAAGAACAAGAAGAAACACCACAAACAUCAGCACCAACACAAACGCCAACACAAACGCCAACACAAACACCAGCACAAACAUCAACAGAACCAGAACAAACAGGGUUAGAAGAAACACCAAAAAUAAUAGAUCCGAAGCAGUCAAUAGAUUCAGAGAGACAAGCAGACCCAGUAAAAUCAGAUCCACCAAUAGAAUCACCAGAAAGAUCAAAUUCUGCUGUUGAAUCGAGGGAACAUAUAGAAGACACUGUUAGUGAAUCUGGAAGUAAUACUCAUAAUUCUGAUGUACAACCAAAUAGCGGAAAAGAUGACAAAGAGAAAGAUCCUAAUGAUGGUAGUGGUGGAGAUAAUAAUCCAGAAAUAUCAGAAUCGACACCUAUAGAUAAAAGUGAUCCAGGUAAUGGAAAUCCGUCAGACGCUACAGGAGGUGAUUCUACGAAAAUAAGUGAAGCUCAGGGUGCAUUGCCAAAACCAGAUGUAGAAGAAGCGAAUAAAAGUGAAGAGAAAAUAACACUUAUAGAAAAAAUAAAUGAUGAUACAUCUUAUGAUGAAGAAGAAGAAGAAGAAGAAGAAGAAGAAGAAGAAGAAGAAAGAGUGAAAGAGGAAGAUACAGAAGAGGAUGAUAAAAAAGAGAAAGAAGAGAAAGAGAAAGAUAAGAAAGAGGGAGAAGAUAGAAAUAUAGAUGAAGAAGACGAAGAUGAUAUAGAGGAAGAAGACAUAGAUGAAAGAGAACCUGAAUUUAGUGAUAAUGAAAUAGUAAAAGACAUAAGUGAAAGGGAACCUGAAGUUAGUGAUGAUGAAAUAGAAGAAGAAAUCAAUGAUGAUGAUGAAAAAAAUGAACAAAAAGAAGAAGAAGAAUCAGAAUCAAUGAUUACAAAAAGGGAAAUCCAAGAAAAUGGGCAAUCAAAGGAAUUAUCAGAUCAAACAAAGCAGGGUAAUUCACAAGAUAGUGUUACACAACAACAAAAUCAAAAAGAAGAAAUAAAACCUCCAACAAAUGAUAGUAGCGCUCAUAAAUUACUUAUUGAAGAUUUUAAGGAAGAUAAUAAAGUUAAAAAAGAAGCUGAAAAUAAAGUGAAAACAUUCAUAAACUUAAUCGAUGACAGUAGUGUUGCAGGUACAUUGAAAGAUUUAAAAAAUGAUAUAUAUCAAAUUUUUAUAAAUAAUUAA